AUGUGUGGGCCAGGCAGGGGACAGGAGAACAUAGAGGUGCUGGAAAUGGGGCUCUGGGCACAGCAGGUCGGGAAAGUGACCCUCCUUGUCGUGGGCCUGGACAAUACAGGGAAAACCUCCCUCAUAAUGGAGAUACAGAGAGUGCUCUCGUGUGAGGUGCUCCCCACAACAAAGCCUAACCAGACAGAACUCAGAGUGGACCGGUUUGAAGUCUCCCUCAUCGACCUAUCCGGGGGGCAGAGGUUGCGGGGCACAUGGCGUAAUCACUACGGUGACGCUCACGGGAUUAUCUUUGUUCUGGACUCCAGCGACGUGCUGCGGAUGGAAGAGGCCAAGAGAACCUUGGGCCGUCUUCUGGCUCACACUAGGAUUUCAGGGAAGCCCCUGUUACUGCUGGCCAAUAAACAGGACAAGGUUGAUGCCCUCCUCCCAUGUGAGCUGAUCGAAUGCCUGUCCCUGGAGAAGCUUGUGAACGAAAACAAGUCACUGUGCCGCAUCGAGCCAUCUUCAGCAACCAAAAGUCUGCAUAAAAGCCAGUCCCGGACCAUCCUGCAGGGACUCCGCUGGCUCCUGCACACCAUUGCCAUCAACUACAGUGUCCUGAGUGCCCGGGUACAACAAGACAGCCCUGACCAGCCAGCCCCCCGAGAGCAAGAGGCUCCCAGGAGAGCAGCGCGGGCCCACAGCCAGACACGGGGGGAGAGGGCGUUACUGGCCAGAAGGGAGAGUUCCCAAGAAGGAAGCGCCAAGAUAGGGGAGUACAAACCUCUACAGCCCAUCCAGAACACCCUCUCACAGGAGGAAGGCCCAAAGGUACCCAAGAGAAGGAGAAAGAAAGGGAAGGUGAAGAAGAAAGGGUUGGUGCAGUGUGGGAGCAUGGCUGAUGAAGAGGAAGGGAAAGCUUGGGGAGGAGAGAACAGAGCAAGUGCUGCAGUUGGGCUCCUCCACAGCAACAGAGUUGGCCAGGAGAAACCACUCCCCCAGGGGACAACUCUUCUCCCGGCAGGGCAGAGCACAAAGAAGAAAAAGAAGAAAAUUAAAAAUAAAAUCAAGUCCCAGGAGUCCUCAUUGGAGCCACAGAAUGAAGGAAUCUCGGGUACCUUUGAGAGCCCCUUUAGUCAUCUUCUUGCUGGACUUAAAACUACCCUUUCUUUAGAGCUAGCUUAUGUGGCUGAGUGGUGGCAGCGAGCCAAGCAGGAAGCUACCCCAGCCACUGAUGCAGAAUGA